AUGGAAACAUCGUUCAAUUGUUCAGUUCUAAGCGACACUAUUAACAAUCUUGACAAUUUCUCGGUUAACAUUUAUAAACAAAAUAAUAAAAUAUUCACCAAGCUUGUGAAACUUUGGAAAGUUAAUGUCGUUGAUGAAGAUGGCAUUGAAAAAAAACAUGGUAAAGCUGAAUUUACAGUGAGUAACAUCCACAUCGUCACCAUCAUCCCCGUACCUGACCUGCAGGUUCGCGAAGCUUUACACAAGUUCAUUCGAGACAAAAUAGAAACUAAUUUAGAAGCCUUUGAGAAUGGAAGUUCUCGUCUAAAUGAUUAUCAGGGUAUCAGUAUCUCAGGUGGUUCUGGCACUGGAAAAACGCGACAUGGAUUUGAGACGAUUAAUAUAAUCAAAGACCUUAAACAAAUUCAGGAUGAUAGACGUUAUCCUCGUGAUAUAUCACACGUAAAUCUUGUAGUAACAGUUUUGCAAGCGAUUCGACAAUCUUAUCAUAAAUCCAAGAAACUUCUAAUACUUUUGCAAUUGGAUGAAUAUCAACGAGAUGAAUAUUUAAUAGCUAAUAUUUUGCGCUUUACUUCUCAACUUGUGGCAGAUCAACAAAUCUGUGAUAUGAAAAUUUUGAUAGUACAUAUUUGCACAGGUACUGCUCCAAUAAAGCUCCAGGAAUUUGACAAUCCAGAACAUCAUAGCGUGACUGAUUACAAUGUUUAUGGUAUACAUAUGUCACCUAUGAAUAUAGAAAAAUCUCUUAACAUUAUGGAUUCCGUAAUAGAUCAUAAAAUGAAAACUUCCAAUGAACUCACCAAUCCAAUUUCGCGAAAUAAUCCAUUGUAUCGUAUCUUGGUUGGUGCUGUUAGAGAAAUUGCUGUUAUUAUGGAACGAAUUCUUGUUUAUUGGGCAAAGCGAAAGCAUUCAAUUGAUAAUUGGUUAGAUUGUGUUGGAGGGAGAAAAGAUCCACAAGACAUUACAGAUGAAAACCCAAUCACCAAGGACACUGCUCUGGAUGAUAGUACUGUAGAGGAUCAUGAAGCCGGGGGACUUAUUUUUUUAGAAAAGAUUAAUUCCACUGAAUAUAAAGCUAAAGCCCCUCUUGUAUUAAUG